CCCGCAUCCUUUAUCCAGAUUCUCUCUCUCUCUCUCUCUCUCUCUCUCUAGGGUUAUCUCUUCAACAGUUGGGUGUUCGUUCAUUUUUCCAAGAAAAAGAUGUCUUCACUGGGAACUUCAAAGGGUGUUUUGGAGAUUGCGAAAUUCGCAGUGUACGUGACAGUUCCGAUCGGUAUGAUGUAUUUCUUCGCCAACAACACCGACAAUCUCAAGAAGUUCAUGGGCAAUGGACGAGAAGCUAACAUCCAACAAGCACAUGGGUUAACACUAGCAAAUAAACUAAGCUACAACAACCGCCUCCAAAUAUUAGAACUGGGAGAAAUAUCUGACCAAAAUGCUCUCAAAAUACCAAAGGAAUACCAUUCUUUAUCUCUUAAUAUCAUUUUGUUUGAUCACCCCUCAAGAGCUACCAGGAGCUCUAAUACCACUUUCAGUUUCAAAGUCACACUGUUCAGGUCCAAUGGUCUGGGUUGAACUAGCAAAGCAACUUGUGUUUCUUCUUUACGCACAUGGGAUCUUACAUACAGGAGGGAGCACUUUAAGUUCUUCUUAUAUCCAUUACCAUUUGACUAGCCUGCUCUUUGGAUAAGGGAUAUGAAUCUUUAAUUCUGAAGUCAUGGAAUUAUUGAUUUUGAGUGAUGAGGACGAUGCUUGAUCCUGGAUCUCAUACUUUUCUGAAACGUAUAUGCCGUUUUGUUUGUGAAGCAUUCUUACGUUGUCUACCCACCGGAGGGACCGAGACCUCCAUCGCCAGAGGAAAUGAGGGAGAUGGCCCGAGAAAUAGCUC